CCAUCCCUGAGUCGUCCCCAACAUAUCCACGCUAUUACACACAGUAGUGAGACUCAGAAAUCAGUUCAAUAUGAUAGAGUUGGAUGAGUUGAAAGUGGUUCACCAAAUGGAGUGCACAUAUUUGCAAGAAGUCAGUGAUGUGAGUGCUGUCAGUGAUGUCAAAAGAUAUGCCCACAUCUACAGUACACUACAACUCACUGUCACGGACUCGUGUCCCACACUUAUGGACACUAUUUGUAUGAUCUGUAAAGACAAGUGAAGGACACACGUCAGGAAGUGAUGGUAUGAUGUCUUUAUUAGUUGUGACACUUUUGUUGUGCAUAUUAUUUGUGGUCAUAUCGAUGAUGGCAUCAAUAGUUCCGUCGACUAUAUUAUUGAUUUGGCGGAAGAGAAAGAGAAGCAAAUUAAAGAGUAAAGUGAAUGAGUGGUCGCAUACCAGUGUCAGUGGCACUGGUGGUGGCACUGGUGCUGAUCAUGAAGACAGUGUUGUGCAUAAUGUGACGAUAGAGUUGUUGCGGUCAUUCAAUUGUGGACUACUUAUAGGCUCUCUAUUCCUUCAACUGAUCCCUCGUUCGCGACAAACAUUUCAACUAUUCUUUCUGCAAAUGAGUGCCACAAAUGUGGUCAAGAGUUUAGUAUUGCUUCGCACGGAUCUGGUCGUCGACAACUCAUCCCAAUACAGAGGAAUACCAUUUGUAGAGCUUAUGAUCUGUUUGUCAUUCUUUGCGAUCUAUUUCUGUGAAGAGUUUGUUCAGACAUGUCUUAAGUAUAGGAAGUACUACUGGUUUAGUAGUAAUUCAAACAUUAUAUACACGAACCAAAUGUCAGACGACAUACAGUCUCUGAGCUAUCGUUUGAAUAAAACGCGACAUUAUUUGAUAGCUUGCAGUCGAAAGACAUCCGAAGUGACCUCUUUUGCCAACACUUCGUCCACAGAUACCGGCGCCGCAAAAGACAAUAACAGAGCCAACAAAGCAAACGUCACUUUCGAGCGAAGCCAAGAGCUUAAGGAUUCUCUUGAGAUGUUGAGUGUGCCGUACGAGUCAUUGCAGACCACAUCCCUGUCCUCUCACACUUCCCUUACAUCCCAAUCAUCACAAUUGCCGUCCUAUUGGAAGGCCAACUAUAGCGCACCGGACGAUGGCUUGAAAGUGUUUUUGCCUCAACUCACGGCAACCAACUCUAUGCCGGUGCUCACAAUCCUCGAGGGACUCAUCAUCUCAUCGCAGGACUCCUUCCACACUCUUGUCAUCACAUUUGCAGUGAUUGUGUUCAACAAAAUAGUCACCGCUUUGGCCAUCAGUUGUGAGAUCGCAGAGCGAACGCACUGUAAGGUUAUGCCCGUCUCCACCAUCUUCUCCUUCUCUCUGCUGCCGGCCCUCGGAUUCCUCAUUGUUGUGGCCUUUGAUCACAUCCUCUUUGUCGACACCAAUGAGAAACGCAUUUCAGCCCUCAUUCUCAGUGUCGUCUCUUCGGCCAGUGUUUUGCAGAUCAUAAUCAUAAGCAUUAGAAACAAUUACAUGCAGUUUGUCGUACCGCAGAGGAAUGCCAUCGUUCAGCACUUUACCACUUAUUCGGCAUUUAUUCUCAUUCUUGGAUUCACAGCUUUUCUCAAUUCCCAACACUAAUCACAACCAAUCAAUCAAUUUGUUAUCUAUACGUC